AUGUACAAAGUGGAAAACCUUCACUCUGUCAGCCGUUCAUUAGACAUUUAUUUGCGUGCAGACGGUCUGACCUCGCUGCUUCUGACGGCGUCUCUGGAUCAGACGCUGCUGCUGUGGGAGUGGAACUCUGAGAGGAACAAGCUGAAAGCCCGACACUGCUGCCGGGGACACACGGGGAGCGUCGACACUGUCGCGACAGACCCGACCGGCUCAAAGUUCUGUAGCGGCUCCUGGGACAAAAUGUUGAAGAUCUGGUCAGCAGUGCCCACAGACGAGGCAGACGAGGUUGAAGAAGCUGGUGACAGACCGAGGAAGAAGCAGAAGACUCAGCAGCUCGGUCUGACCAGGACUCCCCUGAUGACGAUAUCUGGACACAACGAGGCGGUGUCCUCCGUGUUGUGGUGCGACAGUGAGGAAGUGUGCAGUGCAUCAUGGGACCACACCAUUCGCGUGUGGGGCGUUGAGACGGGAGGAUCCAAGACUACGCUGACGGGCAGCAAAGUGUUUAACUGUAUUUCCUACUCUCCUCUGUGUCGACGACUCGCCUCGGGCAGCACCGACAGGCACAUCCGGCUGUGGGAUCCUCGCACUAAAGACGGCGCGCUGGUGCUGCUGUCUCUGACCUCCCACACAGGCUGGGUCACCGCCGUGAAGUGGGCGCCGUCACACGAGCACCAGCUGGUCUCGGGUUCCCUUGACAACCUGGUCAAACUGUGGGACACAAGAAGGUCUGUGAAGCAAGUCCUGAGA